AAUGUCAACCGGAACACAAAUCGAAAUGUAAUCGGACGCGCAUACACGAAGCCGAAAGCGUGUACACGCCCAUGUGUAUAUAUUCAGCACAUACGCAAACAACAGCCCAGCCCAAGGAUAAAAGCAAACAAACCACACGAGCGCGGCGCGGCGCGGCUGCCACCUAGAAAACGCCCGCGGGCGCACGAUGAAGAAGGCGGCGGCGGCGGCGGCAGUCCUGGCUACCCUUCUCCUCUCCUCGGCGGUGUCGCCCACCGCCGUGUCCGGGCAGCAGCCGUGGACGAACCAGCAGACGGCGGCCAACAACCCGCGGCUGCACAAGGCGUACGUGGCGCUGCAGGCGCUGAAGCGCGCGAUCACGGAGGACCCCAGGAACCUGACGCGGGGCUGGUGCGGGCCCGACGUGUGCGCCUACUUCGGCGUCUACUGCGCGGCGGCGCCCGACGGCGACGCGGACACGGACACGCAGACCGUGGCCGGGCUCGACCUCAACCACGGCGACCUGGCAGGGACGCUCCCGGAGGAGCUGGGCCUGCUGGCCGACCUCGCGCUGCUCCACCUCAACUCCAACCGCUUCGCGGGCACACUCCCGGACUCGCUGCCCGCGCUGCGGCUGCUCCACGAGCUGGACGUCAGCAACAACCGCCUCUCCGGCGGCUUCCCGCGCCACGUCCUCUGCCUGCCAAACCUCCGGUACGUCGACCUCCGCUUCAACCGCCUGCGCGGGCCCGUGCCGCCCGCGCUCUUCGACAAGCCGCUCGACGCCGUCUUCCUCAACGACAACCUCUUCGACUUCGAGCUCCCGGAGAGCCUCGGCAACUCGCCGGCCUCCGUGCUCGUGCUCGCCAACCUGCGCCUGCGCGGCUGCAUCCCGCGGAGCGUGGCCCGCAUGGCGGACACGCUCAACGAGCUCGUCUGCCUCAACGCGGGCCUCCGCUCCUGCGUCCCGCCGGAGCUCGGCUGCCUCCGCGACCUCACCGUGCUGGACCUCAGCUUCAACCAGCUCCAGGGGACGCUGCCGGAGUCCAUGGCCGCCAUGCGCGGGCUCCAGCAGCUGGACGUCGCGCACAACCAGCUGUGGGGCCACAUCCCCGAGGGCGUCUGCGCGCUGCCGGGCCUCCGCAACUUCACCUACUCCGACAACUACUUCUGCACCCAGCCGCAGCGGUGCCUCCACAUCCGACGCGUCGACGACCGCCGCAACUGCAUCGCCGGCCGCCCCGACCAGCGCCCCGCCGACCAGUGCCUCGCCUUCCUGCACCGCCCGCCGGUGCACUGCGACGACCACGGCUGCUUCGGCCCGCCGCCGCACUACUAG